AUGGGUCGUGGGAGUGGAAAAGUAACCUUGAAACACAUUCAAAAUGAGAAAGUUCGUACAUCAGCUUUCAAUCAGAGAAGUAAAGGAUUAACAAAAAAAGUAUCAGAGUUUUCUAACAACUUUGAAGUUGAAGCUUUCUUAAUUGUGUACGGUGGUGAUCGUGACGGUAAACCCAUGACUUGGCCACAAGACCCCAGAACACUACGAUCCAUGCUUACAAAAUAUGAGCAACAAAAGAAUGAGACAACUCCAACGAAAUUUGAAGCGAAAGACUAUUUUGCAAAUAAGAAGAAUGCGGUUGAAGCUGAGAUAUUGAGAGUGCGCAAAAAGAUCACAAAGAACAAAUAUCCAACCUGGGGUAGAUGUUUUAACAAUUUGGAAGGGGAGCAACUCAAAGGUUUCAUCAACUUUGUAGAUCUCAAGAUUCAGUGUUGUGACGAAAGAAUUAACAUGUUGAAAAAUAUGGAACAGAGUGAUCAAACUAGUUUCAGGGAAAACACUGCUCAUAUGCCAGAUAAUGUUACCUCUCCACAAGCAAGCCAACCUGAUGAUACUCUGAAACAACUUGUUAGUAUUAAUGACAUGAUGGAUUUCACGGAUGUUAUAGAGUGGGAUGAUCCAAUGCCUCAAAAUAAUGUUUUCUCCUCACAUUCAAGUGAACUUGAUGACAUGCAUAGCAUUCCUCAAAUGCAAACUAUCUCUGCUCCUUUGAAGUCACUUGAUAAUAUUAAUGACAUGGUGGAUUUCAGCGAUGUUAUAGAGUGGGAUGAUCUAAUGCCUCAAAAUAAUGGUUUCUCCUCACAUUCAAGUGAACUUAAUGUCAUGGAUAGCAUUCCUCAAAUGCAACCUAUCUCUGCUCCUUUGAAGUCACUUGAUAAUAUAAGUUUGCCUUUAACUUCAUCAACAAGUCAACUUGGUGAGUUUGUGAAGUUGGAUGAUCUAAUGGAUAAAUCUGAUCAGGACUGGGCUAGUCAACUUGUGGAUUUGGAUGACUGGGCUUCUAAUAAGCUAGAUGAUGAUGAUGGUAUUGUGAAUUGGCUAAGGCAACCUGAUGUGUUUGAAUGGCAAGAUAUUUCCUUUUCAUCUGAAAUUGAACAACAAUGUGCAGCUUUGGAUGUCUUUUCCCAAUCAAUAUAUGGAUUUUAA